UCAUUAUAAUAGCAGUUCACCACUAGUACAAACAAGAGUACCAUACAUAAAUUCUGUACGCAGUUUACCAACAUCAUCAAAAAGUUAUAUUGUUCCACUGUUCUCAUUCUGUACUUGAUCACCAUCAUAAUCAUAUCAACAUCCUAAUUUCUGGCCUAAACCAACCACAGAACCAUUGUUAGCCCCUUAUACUAUCCAUUGUCACCAAGAGUCCAUUUGCUACAGCUUUUAGUGAUAUUUUAUCUAUUUAGAAGAGCACCGCGGCAUGGAUUCUGUGUCAUUUCCUGUACUCAUUGAUGGACUUGUUGCUUGUGUAGCCCAGUUAAUAAGAAUAGCUGAUGAGCUUUUACAAUUCAUUAUACAAGUACAAGAAGCUCCUUAUGUAGAAGAAAAUGGUAGAGCAGAAGAGACUGAAGCAGAUGCACCUCUUCCCGAGGAGCCUUCACUACCAGAUCUCCCUGAUCUCUCAGACUUAGACUCAAUACUUACACCAAGAGAGGAUGAAGACCUAAUGUUUGAUAUAGAUCAGGCUAUGUUAGACAUGGAUAACUUAUAUGAAGAUACAGUCUCUGGUAUAAAUGAUGACUUAACAAGUGACUAAGACCCAAUUUCUGCACCCGCCCCCAGGGAUGUGAAAACUGAUCAUUUCUCUGUUUUAAUAUAUUCUUA